AUGCCCUCAGCCUUGAGUAGCCAGUCGAGCGGCAAGCUUGACCCGGCGCAGGAAGAUACCGAACAAGCUAUCAAGACAGACGAAGAUCUACAAGGCAGUUUAUUCCACCAGGUUUCAGAAUGGCUGCAGCACGAGAAGGUCAGGCGAAGCACACGCAAGGCGCGACGAGGUGAGGGAGUUUCCAAUCCCUCAGACGGUGCUUCUGAGACUGCGGAACGGUCCUCGGGAGAGCAACAUCGCAGCUCAGAGAGUACAUUUUCACUGGACAGACUGGAGAGUAUUCUUCACCAGUAUGCGAAUGUGGGACAUGGCGCUAUCUCUCGACAAACUGCGAAGCGGGUCCCUCGUCGCCGCCCGAAGGGUCUUCGCCGAGGUUCUGCCUCUGAAUCCGAGUAUACCGACCUUGAGGCUCCUGUGCCAGGCGUAGAUGCCUCACUCGAUAACUCCAAGACCCUUGCCUACAGUGGUGGCGCAGGAGAGGAGGACCUCGCCGAUAGCAACUCUUCCUUGAAGGGCGCCAAAGGUCGUGAGGCCUGGGUCACCUUCAAGACUGAAAUCGUGCGUCUGGCGCAUACGCUACAACUGCGGGGUUGGCGCAAAGUCUCAAUGGAGAAUGCUGGGGAUAUCGAAGUCGUUCGCCUCAGUGGAGCUAUGACGAACGCUAUCUACGUGGUUGGACCACCCAAGAAUCAGCCUCCUCUAACGUCCAGCAGCAGCUCUUCCAUAGUCCCAAGAAAACCCCCACCGAAACUUUUGCUUCGCAUCUAUGGUCCCCAGGUCGAUCACUUGAUUGAUCGAGAGAAGGAGCUGCAAAUCCUACGUCGCCUUGGCCGAAAGAACAUCGGCCCCCGUGUACUUGGAACCUUCCGCAACGGACGAUUUGAAGAAUACUUCGAAGCUCGUCCCUUGACAGCGAAAGAGUUGCGCAUCCCAGAUACGGCCAAACAAAUUGCCAAACGAAUGCGCGAAUUGCACGAUGGUAUUGAACUUCUCGAGGAGGAGCGCGAGGGAGGGCCGAUGGUCUUCAAGAACUGGGACAAGUGGGUGGAUCGGUGUGAAAAGGUCACAACUUGGCUGGAUAAAGAACUAGAUUCCCCGCAAAACCAGACGAAGGCUACCCUGGAACCGUGGCGCCUGCGCGGCUACGUCUGUGGUGUGCCAUGGGCAGUGUUCCGCAAGGCCGUGGACAACUACCGAAUCUGGUUGCUAGCUAGCUGUGGUGGGCUGAGUGAGAUUAAGCGGCAGCUGGUAUUCGCUCAUAACGACCCGGCCACACAGUCACCUCUUCUGCUCCCCGCCAACGAACACAAGCAGCUCGUUGUCAUUGAUUUUGAAUAUUCUUCGGCUAACACCCCCGGGUUUGAGUUUGCCAACCACUUUGUGAGUCCCACCUCCAUCUUGCCCUUGGUCUUGAAGCGCUAUUCUAACCUAUGUAGACUGAGUGGUGCUACAACUACCACGAUGAAGGCCGGCCAUGGGCCUGUAACACCCGCUUCUACCCCUAAGCCAGAGGACCAGUAUCGAUUUGUGUCGACCUAUCUGGCCCAUCGCCCAAAUAUCGGCAAUGGAGCUACUUCACCACAAGCAACUCCAACCAUGCGCGGUCGUAAUGCGACUACUAUCACUCCCUUGAACCUUGAUGACUGCCCCGAGCCUAGCGGGCAGCAGCUCCAGGCCGAACGGUCUAACGAAGAGGCGAUCGACGCCGAGAUCAAGUUCCUCAUGCACCAGACUCGGUUGUGGCGCGUGAUCAACUCGGCACAGUGGGUGGCUUGGGGUAUCGUGCAGGCCAAGACACCUGGCAUGGAGGAAGAGCAGGAAGAGGACGUAAAGACUCCCACUGCCGAGACAGAAGCUGCAGAGGAGGAGGAAGAAGAAUUCGACUAUCUAGCCUAUUCCCAGGACAGAGCCUUGUUCUUCUGGUCUGACUUGCUAGCGUUGAAUCUGGUGAAGGCAGAUGACCUUCCACCAGCGAUGGUGGAGCACAUUAGAGCUCGAGCGGUGGAUUAUUGA